ACUUUUGCCUUUUGACUUGGGCAGUGUGUACUGGGGUUGGCCCCGAGACAAUACAUAGAUUUAAUUUAUAUUUAAAUAACUAAAUUUGUGGUUUAAACUAGUUUAGUGGACACCACAAUAGUGCGUGCGUCUUAGACUAAAGAAGUGAUAUUGGAAAUUAAUGUGUGAAAAUCACUGAUGUUAUAACUUUAGUGUAAUAACGAUGUACAAGUACAUAGCCGUGCUCCUCCUCGCAGCCUCCGUUCUCGGACAAGGCGACAUCGACCAGGGCGUCCUCAACCAGAUCUUCGGCCCGCCACCGGGAGGGCAGACUGGGCAGGACACGCAGGGGCAGUUCAACAGCGGGCUGAACGGGCAAAACGGGCAAAAUGGUCAAAAUGGGCAAAAUGGUGGAAACCCGAAUUUCGUCGACAUCUUCGGGCCGCCGCCGUCAAGUCCGAGUCCCAUCCCGACGCGGCCGCCGGUGACGUCAACGACGUCGGCUACCUUCUUGCAGCCAGAGGGCAAUAAUGGGGCUGGAGAAAAUGAGCCGUGCCAGACUCCAGAGGGCACGUCGGGCACCUGCGUGCCGUACUACCUGUGCAACACGGAGAACAACACCAUCAUCAGCGACGGCACCGGCAUCAUCGAUAUCAGGAUCAAGGACGGUCCAUGCCAGUCGUACCUGGAUACGUGCUGUCUGUUGCCGGACACGCGGCCCGCAGACAACCCCAUCACGCCCACCCCGGCCCCUGAGGAGGUGGAGCGCAAGGGCUGCGGCUGGCGCAACGCGAACGGCGUCGGGUUCCGUAUAACCGGCAACAAGGACAACGAGGCCGAGUUCGCGGAGUUCCCCUGGAUGGUCGCCAUUUUGAGAAUCGAGCCAAUAAACGAAGCGGAACCCGAAGGCUCGAAGCUCAACGUGUACGUCGGCGGAGGCUCCCUCAUCCACCCGAGUGUGGUCCUCACGGCCGCCCACUACGUGAACCGGGACUGGCAGACCAAGAGCAUCCGCGCGCGAGCCGGCGAGUGGGACACGCAGACCAAGCAGGAGUUGUACCCCAACCAGGAUAGGGAUGUGGUCGAUGUGAAGAUACAUAGGGACUUUAAUAAAGGAAACCUGUUCUACGACAUCGCGGUGCUCUUCCUCAAGUCACCCAUGGACCUGGCUCCCAACGUGCAGCUGGCGUGCCUGCCGCCGCCGCGGGAGAGAGUCAGGGACGGCACGCGAUGCUUCGCGUCCGGCUGGGGCAAGGACCACUUCGAGAAGGAGGGGCGGUACCAGGUCAUCUUGAAGAAGGUGGAAGUCCCCGUGGUAGAACGCAACAGAUGUCAGUCCCAGCUGCGCAAGACUCGCCUCGGUCAGCUGUUCCAACUGCAUACCUCCUUCAUGUGCGCCGGCGGUGAGGCUGGACAUGACACGUGCAAGGGAGACGGGGGAUCGCCGCUGGUGUGCCCGAUUCCGGGCGAGCCAGACCGCUACCAGCAGAACGGCAUCGUGGCGUGGGGCAUCGGCUGUGGCCAGGACGGCACUCCAGGGGUCUACGUCGACGUCAGCUUCCUGAGGGAGUGGGUCGACAACGCGGUCGCCGGGAAGGGAUAUGAUACGUCGGUUUAUAGUUAUUAGGGAGGGAGAAUAAGCGGAGCGGGUCACCCCUCAUGACUCAUGGGAGGGUGGGAUGCUCUUUGUGGUUGUCAGAUACAAUAAAUAAUGCUCCAUAGUCAUUAAAGUUUUCUACAAUGUUGUAAUGUAAGCAAAGUAUGAAAUUAAUGAAUAUAAUGUUUCCAAUUACA